CAUCAAUCAUAUCCGAUACUACGAUGCACGAUAGCAUCAAUGGAGCAAGACAGUCUAGUACAAUCAUCAUUCGUCAUUCCAUGUUCCACAAAUAAUGCGACAAAGGCAAGAAAAGGGAAGUCAAGAGCUUUGGAAGAGGAAAGCAUAUGUUCACCUCUACUCGCAUUUGAAACGGAUGAGAGAGGUGCUCGAUGGCGUCAGAUAGGAUACCAAAAGGCAGUCAAAGGUGUUCGAUCGGCUUUUGACCGCGUAUAUUCGCAAUUUCAUCAGGACUUGAUCGAAAAGUUGGAGAAUAUUCUCCGCAUGCAGGAUUCAGGUACUCAAUACCACAUUCCAGGACCGUCUCGAUUAACAGUGGCAUGUGUUUCGGGUGCACCAUUACCGGAGAGAUUGUCAGAGAAGCUACUUGCGGCGGCACAUGAAAGUUCCAAAGAUUUAUCUUGGGUGUACCUACACCCUCGGGAAUGUCUUGAUCUGGCAACGACGUUAAGAAUUAUCACAGCUCGAGCUUUGAGUUCUCGAAAGGAUCUGGAGUUCGACAAUUUGGACUUUUCCGAUCUUUUGUCUAUUGCGACACCUUCUGCUAACAAACACGGCAAGGGAAUACACAUAUUCAUCGACAAUUUUGCGAUCUUUCAUCAUGGUGUCUUCAAUGACUUAAUGCAGAGUCUUCAUUCCGUCACGCAGAUGAAAGGUGGACCUCAAUUCAUCAUCGUCUUGUCGAGUGAAACAGGUCGCCUAGGUUUGGAUGAUAAGCUUGAUCCCGGGGUAUCUCCGUUGCUUGAUGUCCACGUACUUGAUCCUGUUCCUGCUACAACAUUUUUCGAGAAGGUAGUCGAGGAAAUCCUUGAUGAGCCAAUGGAGGCUGACAAGCUGGCGGUAUGGCCAGGAGAUAAAGUCUUGGAAUUUGCAAGGAGACGGUUCUAUGAAGAAAAAGCAAAUUUGGGACAAAUUCAGACACUAUUUGAGCUAUACUUGCAUCAUCAUUUCACCCAACAACCACUUUCCGCUCUUUUUGAGACCGAACAGCCUCUCGAUCGAAGUGCAUGGAAGCCAGCUUUCUUCACUCGUCUUAGAGACAUGCUACUUCGCAGCUUUGAUGAAAGAAAAGGUGAGAUGCAAAUCAAGUUGCCCUUUCCGGUCAGCGCUAGCAACGACCUCUCAAAACAGGAAUAUCUCCAGGAAGUCUUGCAAAAUGACUAUUGCCUAGCAAAGCUUGCUACAGAUGUCGUAUCCGUCAUGCAGAGAGAAAGAGCAGCUUUUGUAGCAGGUGCUCGUCUCGCACACCUCUUGCGCAAUGUAUUGAGAAUCAACAAGAAUGAUUCCACUUCAAACAAUCAUCCAAAACAAGAUCUUCUAUUGGAGCCUCGAAGAAGCACAUUUGGAGGAUUACUAUGUGCGUUGUUGAGCCCACAGCAAGCUGGCACAGUCCUUCAAGAGAUUCGUGCAGCACUUAGGAUGAAGUACCUGUCCGAUUUCGAGGCAAUUCUGGAGCAGAUUCGGGCGGAAAACAUCAUUCAAGGCACGGAUCAAGAGAGUACUCUUCAAACAAUCCAAAAUAGGCUUGCUAAUACUGCGACAGCGGUUGAAGGAGAGAAUGACGAGAAACAGACUGGAGAAGAUGUGUUGACGAAUGGGAAUGAUGGAGAAGCGGAGAAAGAAGCAAGGAGACUGGCACUCGUUCAAAAGAAUCUUUUACGUGAAGAGUCAAAUAGCGCAUUGCGACGACAGAUUUGUGAUCAGAUUGUGGGAAUGUUACGAAGCCUGUUGAAUGCAUCUAGCCCUUUCUCACAAAUAGGUCGAUACAAUUCAACAGGCUAUCUCCAUUCGGUUCUUGAGCCUUCACCGCGAAUCAAUUAUUUGGCUGCUUUGAAGAAUCCAGAUGCGUAUCUUACACGAACAAGCAAUGCAAUUGAGAUGCCGGACAUUUGUCGUGCUUAUCAAACGUAUGAAGAUGCAGGCAGGUUGAUUAACCUGGCGGAUUGGUUCAACGCUUUUCAAUCAUCAAUCAAUGAUGCCGACAAAGAGGAGGAAAACAACAGCGAUGCUCGAAAGAGGAAAAGAUUGGAUACAGACGGCUUGAAUGAUUUGGAAGCAUAUCAAAAAGAUUUGGCAAGUUGGGAUAAAAAAGAUAUUAUCCGACUUCGAUUCGCACUGGCCGUUCAUGAGAUGGGCAAAAUGGGAUUCUUGAAGCGAACUCGACGAAAGCCAGAGCACGUUCUCAAAUUGGUGUAUGAUUUACCUCUUAAAGAUUAAUAGCAUGUACACCAUAGAUUUAAU